CGUUCUGCGGGUAGCCAGAGGCUGGGGAGGCUCUGGAGCCUGGGGUGAGAGUGAGAGUGAAAGGUGAGUGGAGCUGAAGGAGGGGACAGUGCCGGGCUCCCCGAGUCUAUGGAGCGGAGUAAGAUGGCGGAGGCGGAGAGCCUGGAGACAGCGGCGGAGCACGAGCGCAUCCUGCGAGAGAUCGAGAGCACCGACACGGCCUGCAUCGGGCCCACGCUCAGGUCUGUCUAUGAUGGUGAGGAGCAUGGACGCUUCAUGGAGAAGCUUGAAACUCGCAUCCGCAAUCAUGACCGAGAAAUUGAGAAAAUGUGCAACUUUCACUACCAGGGCUUUGUGGACUCUAUAACUGAACUGCUGAAAGUGAGAGGAGAAGCCCAGAAACUCAAAAAUCAAGUGACGGAUACUAAUAGAAAACUACAACAUGAGGGGAAGGAACUGGUAAUAGCAAUGGAAGAGCUGAAGCAGUGUCGACUACAACAGAGAAAUAUUUCUGCCACUGUUGAUAAAUUAAUGCUGUGUCUUCCAGUCUUGGAGAUGUAUAGCAAACUGAGGGAUCAAAUGAAAACUAAAAGGCAUUAUCCUGCCCUGAAAACUCUGGAACAUCUAGAGCAUACCUAUCUGCCUCAAGUAAGCCACUAUCGAUUCUGCAAGGUGAUGGUGGACAACAUCCCCAAGCUUCGAGAAGAAAUUAAGGAUGUUUCUAUGUCUGAUCUCAAAGACUUUCUGGAGAGCAUCCGCAAACAUUCAGACAAAAUUGGAGAGACCGCCAUGAAGCAAGCCCAACAACAAAGAAACCUGGACAACAUCGUCUUGCAACAACCCAGAAUAGGUAGCAAGAGGAAAUCUAAGAAAGAUGCAUAUACAAUUUUUGAUACAGAGAUAGAAAGCACUAGCCCCAAGUCUGAACAGGAUUCAGGAAUUUUGGAUGUUGAAGAUGAGGAAGAUGAUGACGAGGUACCUGGAGCCCAAGAUUUGGUGGAUUUUUCUCCUGUUUAUCGCUGUCUACACAUAUAUUCUGUCCUGGGUGCCCGGGAAACAUUUGAGAACUACUACCGAAAACAGAGGCGAAAACAGGCCCGUUUGGUGCUCCAGCCUCCAUCUAACAUGCAUGAAACUUUAGAUGGCUACAGGAAAUAUUUUAAUCAAAUUGUAGGCUUUUUUGUGGUUGAAGAUCAUAUUUUACAUACGACCCAGGGCUUAGUAAAUAGAGCCUACAUCGAUGAACUAUGGGAAAUGGCACUUUCAAAAACCAUCGCAGCACUCCGUACCCACUCGUCUUACUGCUCUGAUCCAAACCUCGUAUUGGAUUUGAAGAACCUCAUUGUGCUUUUUGCUGAUACACUUCAGGUUUAUGGUUUUCCUGUAAAUCAACUUUUUGAUAUGCUGUUAGAAAUCAGAGAUCAAUAUAGUGAAACUCUGCUAAAGAAGUGGGCAAGUAUUUUCAGAAACAUACUUGAUUCUGACAACUACAGUCCUAUACCAGUAACAAGUGAAGAGGUGUAUAAAAAGGUGGUUGGACAAUUCCCAUUCCAAGAUAUAGAGCUGGAAAAGCAACCAUUUCCAAAAAAGUUUCCCUUUUCUGAAUUUGUGCCAAAAGUUUACAACCAAAUUAAGGAAUUUAUCUACGCUUGUCUAAAGUUUUCAGAAGACCUUCAUCUAAGUUCGACUGAAAUUGAUGACAUGAUUCGUAAAUCUACAAACCUGUUGCUAACCAGGACUCUGAGCAACUCUCUGCAGAAUGUCAUUAAAAGGAAGAAUAUUGGACUCACUGAGCUUGUCCAGAUUAUUAUCAAUACAACACACUUGGAGAAAUCCUGUAAGUACUUGGAAGAAUUCAUCACCAAAAUCACUAAUGUGCUUCCAGAGACAGUCCAUACCACCAAACUCUAUGGCACCACAACUUUUAAGGAUGCCAGACAUGCAGCUGAAGAAGAGAUUUAUACCAACUUAAAUCAGAAGAUUGACCAGUUUCUACAGCUGGCCGACUAUGACUGGAUGACAGGAGAUUUGGGCAACAAAGCUAGUGACUACCUAGUAGACCUCAUUGCCUUUCUACGUAGCACCUUUGCUGUAUUCACACACCUUCCUGGAAAGGUGGCUCAGACAGCAUGUAUGUCAGCUUGCAAGCAUUUAGCCACAUCCUUGAUGCAACUUUUGCUGGAAGCUGAAGUAAGGCAGCUCACCUUGGGAGCUUUACAGCAGUUCAACUUGGAUGUCAGAGAAUGCGAACAGUUUGCCAGAUCCGGCCCGGUGCCUGGGUUCCAGGAGGACACGCUGCAGUUGGCCUUCAUCGACUUGAGACAACUCUUGGAUCUCUUCAUCCAGUGGGAUUGGUCCACCUACCUUGCUGACUAUGGUCAGCCCAACUGCAAGUACCUCCGGGUAAACCCGGUGACGGCUCUGACCCUGCUCGAGAAGAUGAAGGACACGAGCCGCAAGAACAACGUGUUUGCACAGUUUCGGAAGAAUGAGCGGGACAAGCAAAAAUUGAUUGACACUGUGGCCAGGCAGCUCCGGGGACUCAUCAGCAGCCACCACUCGUGAGGGCUGGCCUCGGGCCCACAGAGGCUGCUCGCUACCCUGCAUUUGUGCAUUCUUCUUCAAAGAGAGAAAUGUAUUUUUUUAAUAACCUAUGUACAGUAUUCGCAUAACCUUUCCCUAUAGUAAAAGAGGCACAAGAAUAAGCAAAGCAUAUGAGAUAUUGCUAGGCUGGGACUCAGGGGAAGUUACUACUACACUAUCUGUUUAUCCUAAAGAUGGUGGUGUCAUCAGUCCCAGUAUGAUGAACCACUUUUCAUCAAAGGCUCUAGAGCUUAGGUCUGGGGCUCAGGAACUACAGAAACAAAAUGGGUGCUUCGCACUGGGAGGUAGGCGAGCAGGCAAAGGAUAACACAGUAUAUGCUGUCCACUCCUGGGUGUCCCAUUCACCACAUAGGUGAGGCUGAUUCUUCCUGACGUAAGGAAAGGGCCUGGGAAACGUUAGUAUUUAGUAUGUUAAAGACUAGCACACAGUUCUGGAGCUUCAUCUCUUCAGUCCACUGGCUCUCAUUAACUGGUGAACAAGCAGGGCAUGUGGCAAGAUGACAGCUUCACUCUAAUCCCCCAAGGAUGGCAGUUUCUUUAGCCUAGAUCUGACCCAGUGCUUGACUGCUCAUUUUGUGGGGGGCAAGAUAGAGCUGAGUGGGUAGUGGUAGUUAUUGGGCCCCAUGACUAACUGUAGAUUGAUACCCCCACACCAGGAGGCCAGCGUGAAUGGAAUCGGAGCCUCAGCCCCUUCCGCAUUCAUCUCAUUUUCUCCCUUCAGGGUCGGGGCACUGGGCAGAGGGGAUAUAGGUCAACAGUUAUUUCCACAGGUCCUCACAGAGAGUCUCAGGCCGGGCCUCCUCUGGCCGUGUCAUUGGGAUAGGUCAGAACCCAGAAGCCUAAAAAUGGCCCUUACUUUACUCUUAGGUAAAACCUGAAAAUUACUUGAGAUUGUUCCUUUGUGUUUUAAAACCACCUUUAUGGUCACCAUCUUUAAAGGCAGUGACACCAGCGCUGCCCUGUGGAGGCAGCCACAGCUGGACUGGAUGCCUCUAGCAAUGGAGCCAUGAAGUAGACAGGGCCAGCCACGGCUAGUGGUCUGUUGCCUCUGGGCCAAAUGCCCCUCACUAAGUCAUAUCUUAGGUAUGAUGCUCUUGCUAAAGCCCAGAGCUUCCGUCCUCUUUUGCGAUUCCCAUAGCCAUCUUUUGGUCUUGUCUGAGAAAGGUCAUCUGUGAUCCUAUCCCUCAAACUCUACAGUUUGUGUGGGCAGCCUGGACCAGCUACUUUGGAGACAGUGUCACUGUCCCAAAUGGACUCCUGAGGCUUAAUGCGAGGGCUUUGCUGCAAGGUCGGUCAGAGGAACCUGGACAUUAAGAUGCUCCAGGAAGAUGCUGUUGUGGCUACUGGCAAGAGUGUAAUUGUGCAUCACCAAACAAUGACAAAUAAGCCACACAGGCAUUUCCAGCUUGGAUUAGUGGGAGGGGACACUCAUCAAACAGAAUUCUUCACUAACUUUGUCAGCUGAGUUGCUUCUGGGGAAGGCAGUGCUUCCUUUUUCAUUCCCUCCCCCUGCCCCCCGCCCCGUGUCCCAUCGCAACUUGAAAACCACAGGGAAGAGAAUAUGCACACAGACACGCAGACUUCCUCAAAGCUGGAGAGGCCAGGCUGCACGUGAGUUCUGAGGUGCCUUCUGGGUCUCAUCCUGGGGGCACGGCAGUUGGCUCAGUGUCUUAGGUUGAGGGAUGGAUGCUGCUACUCACAACUUCAAAAUCCAGGGGAAGGCAUGGGCCCAUGAGAGCGAAACCCAAGAUGCCAUCUCCCAAGCCUUGGAUUUUAUUGAAAAAGAGCAAGAAAUGAUUACACUAAUCUGAAAUCCUAUUGCUUGAAAAGGACCCAAAACACCCUCGCUAGUCCCCAGUUUGCAGCAAGAUCUCUUCAGCUUUGAGCGCUGUGACUUUGAAGUGGGAAUGCAGUGAACCAGAAGUGUGUCACAAUUUUUAUCUUUUCGUCAUUAUCGCUGGUCUGGUCUCAAACCCGUGCCCUGGAAAAACCGCUCUAGAGGAAAAAGUGAGCAGGGCAGAGGAAUGAGGGUUACUCUGCACCUUGCUCACAGAAGCCCCUCUAAAGAAAAACCUGAUUCAAGCUCCAGCCUCAUAAGGGUGGACCCUGUGGUAGAUCUCUUUUUCCCUCAGUCUGCCUUCCAACUUCUGUAACAAAACCGACAUGCCGUUAUUGAGUUGUCUUGUCGUAUUGAGGUGUUAUUGAGUUGUAGAGACGCACUCUUGGUGGGCAGAGGAAGGUAAAAAGAUCAAGGACCAGCAGUGUCCCAAAUUGUUUGAAUCCGUGAAGUAGGAUUUUUAGUUUUGUCUGUAGGCCUCUAGCUGGGCCAACUCUUCAGAGGACCUGUGCAAAGCAUGCAUGCCCACGCCCCUCAGACUCCUAAGAUCUGGCCUCAAGUGCCCAGAGAUCUAGAAGUGCCCUGAAAACCUCAAUAAGAGGGCGAGAGCUUGGGUGGCCAGAAGCCUACCAGCCUUCUAGACGGAAUUAACCCUUGGCCAAGUUCUUGGGGAAACCGCGUCCAUGUUCCUGAAGGGACAGUCUGGUCUGGGACCCUAGUGGGCUUCGGCAGUAAUAUAUGCAGCUUGCACAGUUUUAACAUUCAUAGGAAAAUCUCUCUGGGUAGACUGUAAACGAAGCUGUUGGCUGACGGAGAAGAGGACCUGCCAAUUGGUACCAGCAGAGUCUCCACUGGCAAAGAGAAUGUCACGCUUCCGGGGAGCAUUCCCCAGUGUUGCCACUGCUUACCAGACCUAACGGUCUCUCAGGCCUCUAAGCCAGCCUGGCUUUCCUGCACACUCGACACGUGCUUGCUCAGCAAGUCCCAGACCCAGGGUCCUUUAUCCCAAGGUGGCCGUUGACCAUGACCUUCCUCAUAGGGCCCCUGAGCACACUCCCCGGGGCCUGCUGCAGAAACCCCCCGCCUUAGCCGCCCUUCUCCGAGGGCUCUGCUCCGGGGUGCUUCAAUGGCCUCAUUUUUUUUUUUUCCUUCUUAUCUUUUUUUGUUUUUUAGUCUGUGUUCACAAUUACUUUUAAUGUGUUGGAAAUGGCCUUUUGAUUUUGCACAAAUAUAGUUGCACAUUUAUGGAGGAAAUUUAGGGGAGUCCAUUUUUAACGCUAAAGGGAACUUUUUUCUUUCAAACUCACUAGUAAAGCUACUGAUACAGAUGGGCCUCGUGGUUAGUGGAAAACCUCCUGUAUGGAAAGAGCAUGUUCAUUCCUCCUGUACGUUUUCUUCUUCUAACUGCUAUUAAACGAGAGAGCCUAUGUACCUGUUCCAAAAACCACA